AUGAAGGACGUCCAAGAGUUCAAGAUUGACCACUGGAUCCGAACUUAUGGAGAACAAGCCCGCUAUGAGCUUCACGGCUCAUACGCAUCCGCGCUGUCCCUAAACGAGCUCAAGGCCCUGUCCAGCGACCCGUCUCUGGAGCUCUUCGACCCAGACCUGCAGCUCACGUACGGCUCGUUCGAGGGCUCCCAGCGGCUGCGCGAGCGCAUCGCCGCGCUGCACUCCUCGCCAGAGUGCACGCUCAGCGCCGACGACGUGCUCAUCACGCCCGGAUCAAUCAUGGCCAACUUCCUCGUCCUCGACGCCGUCUCCGGGCCGGGCGACCACGUCAUCUGCCAGUACCCGACGUUCGGACAGCUGUACAUGCUGCCCAAGUUUAGCGGCGUGGACGUCAGCCUGUGGAAGAUGGACGAGGACCAGGGGUGGAUGCCGAGCCUGGAGGAGCUGGAGCGGUUGAUCAGGCCCAACACCAAGGCCAUUAUCCUCAACAACCCAAACAAUCCGACCGGUGCUAUUCUCGGCAAAGGGUUCCUGCAGAAAAUCGCUGCCAUUGCGCAAAAGUCCAACAUCCUCGUCUUCUCCGACGAGGUGUACAGCCCGCUGUUCUUCACGCCCGACCCGCCCCCCUCAUUCGCCACGCUGGGCUACGAGCGCAGCGUGGUGACGAGCUCGCUCUCCAAGUCCUUUGCCAUCCCCGGCGUGCGCAUCGGCUGGAUCGUGACGCGCGACGCGGCCCUACUGCGGCGCAUCAGCAUGGCGCGCGACUUCACCACCAUCUCCGUGUCGCAGCUCGACGACGCGGUCGCGGCGUUCGCGCUCGACGCCGACAAGGUGCUGCCCGCGCUGGUGGAGCGCAACCUCGCGCUGUGCAGAGAGAGCAUCGCGCUGCUGGAGGGCCUCGUGGAGAGGAGCAAGGGGAGGGUGCGGUGGAUGAAGCCCGAUGGCGCGGGCACGGCGUUCAUCAAGGUCUUGGACCGGGAGGGCAGGCCGGUUGACGACGUCGAUUUCAGCAAGACGCUGGUGCGCAAGGAGAGCGUGUGUGUCAUUGCUGGCGGGCACUGCUUCGGCGAGAGCAGUGCGGAAGACUUCAAGGGAUACGUGAGGAUCACGCUGGGGGAGCCAAAGCAUCUCAAGGAGAGCCUGCCGCUGUUGGAGAGGUUCAUUCAGAAUUACUAG